CUGAACUCGGACCUCAAACAUUCUAGGAACGUGUCUUGGGAGUGGUCCCUGGAAAGAGUUUGACAGCGAUUAGGAAUUAUAUCCCUGGCACAGUUUUGGAAGCAGAGGGGGAGUUGAGGGUGAAGGGAAGGUAGCAAAGAAUACAUGUGGAAGGUGCCAGUAUUUAGGUCUGGGAUGGAUUUAGGUCAGUGGAGGAGAGCUAGCCAUUAGAACACUGAACACCUUAAGAAGCUUGGGCGAUGUAGGAUAAUUAGUGUGUGGCACUAACAAGACAAGGGGACAGGAGGAGCAUGUUCUUUUCCACAUUUCUUAGAAUACAGUCUCCACACACCGUCAGUGCUUUUGAUUACUUUUCUGUUGUGAGAGUAAGUGCAAACCUUCCUUUAUCUUGAGCCAUAUUGAUGAGGUGACUGUUUUGUGGGACAGUAUGUGAGUGAAGUUAACACAGAAAGCAGCCUCCUGGGCCAUGCCGAUUCUAAGGCCUGUUUCUUCUCAUGAGCCCCAGCAGAAGACAGAUGGGCCAGUCCUCAGUGGAUGACUUCCCCUCCCAGAGCAAGAGAUGGGAUAGUGCCUGGGAUCUGCCCAUCACCAAACUCUGGGCUUAAGCCAGCUGAAUGAAGGGAUGUAACAGACCUCUGAGAGGGACACUGAAGCCUGCAGUGGGGGGGGGGGGGGGACUGGACAUACCCCUUCCCCCCCAGACUGCUCCCCCUCAAAGUACAUUCAGCCAUGGACUUUGGACUCCAAUAAGAGGAGAGAAGCUGCACUUUGGUGUCUGAUUUGGGAUUCUCAGUUUUGGAAAUGGAGUGCUGGAUGGGAAUUUGAUGAUCUCCAGGGGAGCAGCAAAGAGAGGAGAAGAAAGGCACAUGGCUGCUUCCUAAUCCCAAAGCCAAGAGGAGACAGCCCUAGAACUGUGGGGAGUGAGCCCAGCCAGCAGGGCAGCUUGGAGUGGCUCCCCUGUGGGGGCCAGGAUGCUGAAGAAGCAGUCUGCAGGGCUUGUGCUGUGGGGCGCCAUUCUCUUUGUGGCUUGGAACGCCCUGCUGCUGCUUUUCUUCUGGACACGCCCUGUGCCCAGCAGGCUGCCCUCAGACAGCACUCUGGAUGAUGACCCCGCUGGGCUCACACGUGAGGUGAUCCGCCUGGCACAGGACACAGAGGUGGAGCUGGAGCGUCAGCGGGGGCUAUUGCAGCAGAUCUGGGAGUACCAUGUGCGGCGGAGCCAGCGGUGGAGGCCGCCCACUGUGGUCCCACCUGCGCUACCACGUGGGCCUGUGACCUUGCAGCCAGCUGUUAUCCCCAUUCUGGUCAUUGCCUGUGACCGCAGCACUGUCCGGCGCUGUCUGGACAAGCUGCUGCACUAUCGGCCCUCUGCUGAGCGCUUCCCCAUUAUUGUCAGCCAGGACUGCGGGCAUGAAGAGACAGCUCAGGUUAUAGCCUCCUAUGGCAGCGCCAUUACACACAUCCGACAGCCCGACUUGAGCACCAUCGUGGUGCCACCCGACCACCGCAAGUUCCAGGGCUACUAUAAGAUCGCCCGCCACUACCGCUGGGCACUGGGCCAGGUCUUCCACACAUUCAAGUUUCCUGCAGCAGUGGUAGUGGAGGAUGACCUGGAGGUGGCCCCAGACUUCUUUGAGUAUUUCCAGGCUACAUACCCACUGCUGAGGGCUGACCCCUCCCUCUGGUGCGUGUCUGCCUGGAAUGACAACGGCAAGGAGCAGAUGGUGGAUUCGAACAAGCCUGAGCUGCUCUACCGCACUGACUUUUUCCCUGGCCUAGGCUGGCUGCUAUUGGCCGAGCUGUGGGCGGAGCUGGAGCCCAAGUGGCCCAAAGCUUUCUGGGACGACUGGAUGCGACGGCCUGAGCAGCGGCAGGGCCGGGCCUGCCUGCGGCCCGAGAUCUCCAGAACCAUGACUUUUGGCCGCAAGGGUGUGAGCCACGGGCAGUUUUUUGACCAGCAUCUCAAGUUCAUCAAGCUGAACCAGCACUUCGUGCCCUUCACUCAGCUGGAUUUGUCAUACCUGCAGCAAGAGACCUAUGACAGGGAUUUCCUUGCUCGAGUCUAUGGUGCCCCUCAACUGCAGGUGGAGAAAGUGAGGACCAGUGAGCGAAAUGAGCUGGGGGAGGUGCGGGUACAGUACACUGGCAGGGACAGCUUCAAAGCCUUCGCCAAGGCCCUGGGAGUCAUGGACGAUCUCAAGUCAGGGGUCCCCAGAGCCGGCUAUAGGGGCAUCGUCAGCUUUCUGUUCAGGGGCCGCCGUGUCCACCUGGCACCCCCACAAACCUGGGAUGGCUAUGAUCCUAGCUGGAAUUAGAAUUAGCAGCUCCUGCCUGUCCCUGGGGCCCUUGCUUGCCAUGUCGUGUUCUGAGACAGACUGUAGGUCCUGGGCUGCAUCCUCUUUGUUUCUCCCUGGAGUCCAUUUAUCUUUUUUUUUUUUUUUUUUUUUUGAGCAUAGAUGAUAAGGUGAAGAUUAUUCUUCCAUUCUCAAGAGGGUCAAGGCAGGAGAACCUUUCGGUUGUGUGUUGGGAGGUAUUAAGCAGGAGAUCACUCUGUGGUAGACAGAAACUUGGGCUUGUCAGGGCCACAAACUUUUCUGUGCCAGGUUUUCUCCUAGGGUAUCUGCAGAGAGGUUGGCACUUUAGUUCUCUUGACAAAGCCUCUUUUCCCUGUCCUGGUGUUUACAGCCAGUGUAUGAGCCCUCCUCUUGUAUCUGACCCAUUCCUCCAGUUGGAGGGGAAGCUGGAAUCUGUGAAAAGAGGAUGAGGAUGUAUUUGUGGCCAGAAUGAGACUAACCAAAGGGGUUUUAUCAUCAGGGUCUGGGUGGAGCUGUUAGGUUGUCAGGGGUUAUGCCUCCUGCUCAUUUUUCCCCUUUCCCUCUCUCCUUAUCACAGCUCUUCUUUCCCUGCAGCCUAACAAUUCAUGAUUCUAAGAUUAAAAAUUGAAGGGGAAAAGCAAGACCUCCUCAGCUCGUCCCUGGCAGUGGGGGGAAAGGUGGUAAAGGGAAAGCUUGGUGUGUUGGGGCAUUCUUUCUUAUCCUUCCUCAAAGAAACAGACCCUGUCCUCAAUCCUGUUCUUUCUAAAAACUGAUCCCUUUCCUGUCACUCUAGGAGGGUUCUGUGCUGGCUUGGUAGAGAGAUUAGCUGCUUGUCGUUUGUUUUGUUUUGUUUUGUUUUAACCCUGGGAUUUGUUGCACAGGCUCCUUCAUGAGACCUUGAUUUCUAGAGAUCCUCUCAGUGUGAGGCCCAGACUCCAUUCCCUCCCCACCAUAUACCCUGUGUUUGUUCAGAUUAGGAUGCAUAUGGGGAGUUGGAGAACAAUGUCUGUGUUUUUGUUUCUUUCCCAACCUCAGUUCAUGGAAGAAAGUUGAAGCUGCAAAAUUAUUUUCAAAAAUAAAAGGCUGAAU